CAACGAUGUUGGGAUUUUUACCCUGGGCACCAGGGGUUGGGGUAAAGGAAGCAGUGGGCGGAAGUGGCAGCAGCGUGGGAGGUGGAAGCUGAAGCCAGGUGUGCCAGGGCUCAGUGACGGAACUGGAGCUGUGGAUGGGAGGAGCGAGAUCUGGAACCAGGAGGACAGUCCAGAGGCCACGAGCCUGAGCCAGCACAUCCCCAGACGCCAUGCAGGGGGCUCUGCCGCCCCUGCCUUCACUGCUGUUGUUGCUGUUGGGGUGUGGGCCAAGAGCGUCCUCUGGUGGCGGAGCUGGGGCCGCAGCCGGCUAUGCCCCGGUAAAGUACGUGCAGCCCAUGCAGAAAGGACCAGUGGGACCGCCUUUCCGAGAGGGCAAGGGCCAGUACUUGGAAAUGCCUCUGCCGCUGCUGCCAAUGGACUUGAAAGGAGAGCCAGGUCCCCCUGGGAAGCCGGGACCUCGGGGUCCCCCUGGGCCUCCUGGCUUCCCGGGAAAGCCCGGCACAGGAAAACCGGGGCUUCAUGGGCAGCCGGGCCCUGCUGGACCCCCUGGCUUCUCCCGGAUGGGCAAGGCUGGUCCCCCAGGGCUCCCAGGCAAGGUUGGACCACCAGGACAGCCAGGGCUGCGGGGAGAGCCAGGGAUACGAGGGGACCAGGGCCUCCGGGGGCCCCCAGGACCUCCUGGUCUUCCUGGUCCUUCAGGCAUUACUGUCCCUGGAAAACCAGGUGCCCAGGGGGUGCCAGGGCCUCCAGGAUUUAGGGGGGAACCAGGACCCCAGGGAGAGCCUGGACCCAGAGGAGAUAGGGGCCUCAAGGGGGAUAAUGGAGUGGGCGAACCAGGGCUUCCUGGGGCCCCUGGGCAGGCAGGUGCCCCUGGGCCCCCUGGGUUGCCUGGUCCAGCUGGCUUGGGCAAACCAGGUUUGGAUGGGGUACCAGGAGCCCCAGGAGACAAAGGUGACUCUGGGCCUCCUGGGGUUCCAGGCUCUAGGGGAGAACCAGGAGUUGUUGGUCCAAAAGGUCCCCCUGGGGUAGAUGGUGUAGGGGUGCCAGGGGCAGCAGGGGUGCCAGGGCCACAGGGCCCAGCAGGGGCUAAAGGGGAGCCAGGGCUCCGGGGCCCCCCUGGACUAAUAGGCCCUAUUGGCUAUGGGAUGCCGGGAAAACCAGGACCUAAGGGAGACAGGGGCCCAGCUGGGGCCCCAGGGCUCUUGGGGGACAGAGGUGAGCCAGGAGAGGAUGGGGAGCCAGGAGAGCAGGGUCCACAGGGCCUUGGGGGUCCACCUGGCCUCCCUGGAUCUGCAGGGCUUCCUGGUAGACGUGGGCCCCCUGGGCCUAAGGGAGAGGUGGGACCUGGAGGCCCCCCAGGAGUGCCUGGUAUUCGGGGUGACCAAGGGCCUAAUGGUCUGGCAGGGAAGCCUGGGCUCCCUGGUGAGAGGGGACUUCCUGGGGCUCACGGACCCCCUGGACCAACUGGGCCCAAGGGUGAGCCAGGUUUUACAGGUCGCCCUGGAGGGCCAGGGGUGGCAGGAGCCUUAGGACAGAAAGGUGACUUGGGACUUCCUGGGCAGCCUGGCUUAAGGGGCCCCUCUGGAAUCCCAGGACUCCAGGGCCCAGCUGGCCCUAUUGGGCCCCAGGGUCUGCCAGGCCUGAAGGGUGAACCAGGCCUUCCCGGGCCCCCGGGAGAGGGAAAAGUCGGAGAGCCUGGCUCUGCUGGGCCCACAGGACCCCCUGGAGUCCCUGGCUCCCCAGGACUCACAGGUCCUCCUGGGCCCCCUGGGCCUCCCGGCCCUCCUGGUGCCCCUGGGGCCUUCGACGAGACCGGCAUUGCGGGCUUGCACCUGCCCAAUGGUGGGGUGGAGGGGGCUGUGCUGGGCAAGGGAGGGAAGCCACAGUUCGGGCUGGGGGAACUGUCAGCACAGGCCACCCCAGCCUUCACCGCGGUGCUCACCUCUCCCUUCCCUGCCUCAGGCAUGCCAGUUAGGUUUGACCGAACUCUCUACAAUGGUCACAGCGGCUACAACCCAGCUACUGGCAUCUUCACCUGCCCCGUGGGAGGCGUCUACUACUUUGCUUACCAUGUGCAUGUCAAGGGCACCAAUGUGUGGGUAGCCCUGUACAAGAACAAUGUGCCAGCCACCUACACCUACGAUGAGUACAAGAAAGGCUAUUUGGACCAGGCGUCUGGAGGGGCUGUGCUCCAGCUGCGGCCCAAUGACCAGGUGUGGGUGCAGAUGCCCUCAGACCAGGCCAACGGGCUCUACUCCACUGAGUACAUCCACUCUUCCUUCUCAGGGUUCCUGCUCUGUCCCACAUAACCCGUGGGGGGCCCUGCUGCCCUGGCCUCCUCCUCUUAGUGAUAGAGAGACCUUUCCAGUUACAGAGAUCUCCACUUGAAGGGAACAACCAAAAGCUGAACAGAGGCGGCGGCGGCCUUGGCCCGAGGAGACUGACCUGUUUUCCCGGUGUGUAGGCCGAAGUUGUUUUGGAAGAGGUUGGCCUCAUUUCCUUUCCCCCAGGUGCACUAUGGGGGUUGUACCCUGUUCUGGAUCUGCCUGGUCUGCAGGCAGCACCCCAGAGCGCUCAGCCCGGGCCCCCUCAUGAGCUGCUGGGAGAGAUGGUUUUCCUGUUGGCCUUAGAUGGCAUGGAAUGGGCCAGGGGCGAUUCCUGUGUUUGCUGGGCCUCUUCCAGCUCCCCAGGGGCCUUCAGCAUGUGACAUUAGGUUCCCUGGGGUUUCUGUUUCCUUUGUGGGGAAAGGAAGAAGGGAAGGGAGACCAUGGAGGCAGUCAGUGUGGAUAGACACCCCCGAAAUGAUGCUGUGGUCUCAGACCAGUCCUGGUGGGAACAGUUGUGUGGCCUUUGCUACUGGCCCCUGAAAGACUCCAGAAGCGGCCGUCUGUGGGGAUCUGUGAGGGGACAGAGGCAUGGAUCUGAGGCAGUUCCCCGGCUGUCCCCAUUGGCUCUGGCUCUUCAGCAUAGAGUGGACAACCCUGGGCUGGGACGGAACUCUGUGUAGUGUCUCUACAGAUUGCAGAGCCAACAAGGACUGAUGAUCGCCAAACAUGAAUGUCCCUCCCUCUCCCCUCUCCCCUGCUGGGGGUGGGCUAAGUUUCUCACUAUCAGACUGUUAGGUGACCCUUGCCAACCCCAAGCUAAGUAUCUCUGGGCCCUCUGCACAGAGGCACACAAGCUUGUGGGUGAAGAUUUCUCUUUCCCCUUAAUAAGAACCACGCUGUGGAUAUUUAGUGUCUACUGGAGGGGCUCAUCUGUGGGCACUUCCUCUCUCUCCGCCCGCCCUCUGCUUCCAAUUUCCUGUUCUAAGCAGGGUAGGGCCCAGGAGGCUGAGGCUCUGAAGGAAAGGAUGCCAGCAGACCCCACUGGAAUGAGCUGGCUCUGGAGCCUUCCACCACCCUCCCUAAUCAGAAUGCUCCUGCAAGGAAACGGGCGGGCUUGCUUCCCAGCCCCUUGGCCCCCAAUUCGGGCUGGGAUCAGUGCUGGGGGCAGGGAUGGUGGAUGUUCUUGCCCAUGUAAGGAUGGCUGCUUUCUCUGUGGUCCAUGACCUUCCUUCGUUCUCACCUAGUCAGCCCACGUCCCUGUACCAAGUGUGAAUCUGGGACAUGCAGCAGGAACCCACCUCGUGCUCCAGUUUGGGCCCAUUCAACUGCCUGUGCUGAUGGGCUGAGGAUGAAGGCCCAGCUUCCUCCCCUGCAAAGCAGCCUAGUUAACUGCUUACUUCAGCUCCCAAAGGGGGAGCCUGCCUGUGACAGCAAGGAAAAGGUUCUGCCCAGGGCUCAGUGUACAUUUCUGCUACUCCCAAGAGAACCAGCUAGCGUUUGAGAGCAUCCCUGCUGGGCCUUUCAACCUCCUCCUUCCCUGGGUCAAAGCCACUAAUUGAUGUUAGGGAUGAGUUCUGAUGGGCAGCAAUUAGUCAGCUCUCAGAGG